UACAUGUACACGCGUUGAGGAUGUACAAGUAUCGCAAGGAUACAUACUGGAUUCAUGCGAGUGUCGAGACUUUCGUUCGUGUGCUCUCAGUAUAUUACCACUUUACAACUCGGAGCUUAUUCGCUGCUGACUCGUUGCCGUUUGUUCGUCUUCGACGGCGAACGAAAGCACCUCCUCUUCCUACCCGUCUCCCUUGCAACGCUGGACGAGACCAGUUCGUCAGUAAACUUGGUCUCCUCCAGCGAGGCAAAUCGAGUGGAAGCGAUCCGAUGUUGUGGAGCUGCAAAGUGGCAUGGAACCGUUGAUAUCCGGGUGUCCAUUUCGGAAAAUAUCUCGCCGCUGGCCUCGUCCAGAAGGAGGACGGUCAUCUCGCACGGGCACGACACGCCAAACGGAUCCCCAAUGAUUGUCUUCUCAAGCGUAAGGCUCACCAUGACGCGAACGUAGUGACCGCCGACGGGAGCGUAUGCGAUGUUGGCACGGGGCCACGAUCGGAUGUGUUGUGGCAGCACCGCAGUCGAUUGCAAGCGGCGAACGACAAACCUGCCGGCGAACUCCUUCGGGAACUGCCAGCGGCAAAUGGGGCACGUGCUCUGGAGUUGCAGCCACGAAUGAAUGCAGCGGUGGUGAAAACCGUGGCCACAGGGGAGCUGGACGCUGCUAUUCUUCGAACGACGCAUGCCGGUACUGUCGUCGGCAUACUCGUCACCAGAGUCCAUGCAUAUUACGCAGCCCUCGGAUAAGCAAUAACCUGCUUCAACCUGCCACUUUUUGUCGAAGCGUUCCAGCAUCGAGGUGUCGACGGGUGAGACCUUCUCGAGCCGGGGUCCGAUAUGCCUGGUCAUAAAGGCUGCCCAAGUCUGCGAGCGCAGCAGGCGCAGAACGUCCCCUAGAACUGUAUCUAGCGGCGUGCAGUAGUGAACCUCCAGGCGCACCGCCACCUCCAUUCGUUGCCGUGUUGCCUGGUCCGAGAUUUGCUUUCUCGAGCUACAGGUCUGAGCGAAUGAGCGAGCGAAAAGGAGAAAUGAGCAGAAUGCGGCCGUUCAUGGUAAGGCAGUGGCGCGUAGGCAACCCCAGCUCCGAAUUUUUUUCCCCUGGGACGUGACUACCGGCGAACUGCCCGUGUAAUGCGCAUUACCACUGCUCGACGUCGCAGCGAUGUUCAAAUGAGUAAUGGCACGUAAUGUCAUCUGCAGAGGCGAGCUCAGCCGAGCACUAACGCGCCGACCAGCAAGGGCACAAGUCUGCUUGGUGGAAAUCACUGAGAUGACUCAGCCUGCAACCACCUCCCGUACUAUUAGAAGUAUCGUUUUAGCCGGCUUCGGUAACGAGGCACGUGUUGCUGCAGCUGCUGGAUGAGAAGGGCCCUUCUCUGUAGGAUCAUUUUAUAAUCGACACAGGCGAUCUGAUCUCUCCGCCGUGGCUCAGCAAGCCAUCUCUGCACCGGCUUAGCCGUCUUCUGAUGAAAGCGACUACGGCAACGGGUGCAAGUUGCACUGUCCGAGACUCGGCCAGCUCAAGUCGCGAUCUUCGCCCACGCUUGCAUCAAGCAGUUCUGGAAGGGUCCCACUACGAUCAUUACUCACGCGCAGGCGAGAUUAAACAACCGCCCGUUGCCUGGAGCGAAGCGAGCUCAACUCAAAUGCCAGCGGCGCGCUGUCACCGGAGACCACCUUUCUAGCGAGCCAAAUACGAGCCAAGUUGCGGCAGGUGCACGCCGUGGAAGAAUUGAAAUGGCUGCGCUCGCGCGCGCUCGAACAGGACCGCGAUGACAAGUUCAGGUUGAAGUUUGCUGCCUGGCGGGCGUCAUCUCAGCGGCUGCUUGGCACCGCUGCUGUCUGAGAUCAGCGCCAAACGGAGUACGGUGUGACUGAGUAUCUCCGUCCUUCAUGUACGGCAGCUUUGGAGACGCUCAACCUCAGGGUCCUGGUGUCGAGCAGCGACUCUCACGUUACCACACUGGUGCCGGCCGGCAGUGUUUUGCUGCAGGCGGAUUCAUCCGGCGUAGAAAACAAUCAUUCCAUCAGGUUCGUACAGCAGCUGUCGGCGUCGUUUUCGAGCCGUCCGGCAGCUACAUGUACCGUAGCGAUAGCAAACCGCCACCACCGCUGGCUGCGAUGGUCAUGAGAGCUACUCGACGCUAGAUAGCCCUGGACGGCUCAGCUCUCAGUCUAUGAUAAGCGCCGUGAGAAGAGCAACGAGUGCUGUGGCCCUCACGAGUGCCGAUAACCUGGUCCCACUCUCCUGCGCGGGUUUAAAACCCGUUCUUUCGAAACUGCUCGACCCGUCCGUCUAUGGUCGAGCAGGAAAAAGCGCCAGCCCAGCGCUCUCUCGUCUGCCGCCUUGGUCGCGCGAUGGCUGCCUAUCGCUCACUUUUGCUUUUCCAGAGGAGCAGCAGAGACCUUUUGCGCCGCCGCACAUAUUCGCUGGUCGACGUCAUCUCUCCAUAACAGGAAUCAGUCUCUGCUCGUUUGCAGAUCACACCACAGCAACCACGAGCGAGCCACAGCCGGACGCGACCCUCCCCAUGGACAUCACGGUGCGCGUCGAAGUCCAGUACCAUGCUCCGGCAAACGCCGUCAUUCGCGAUGUUCUCGAGAUGUUCCGAUCCACGACCUGGGUGCGCUUCAUGAUGCGAUACGUCUCGCCGCGUCUCAAGAGCUCGUCGCCCGCGGACCAGGCCAUCCUGGACCAACUCGAGAGCCAAGAGGCAGCCGAGGUGCACGAGGGUGAGGAGUGUGUGAUCUGCAUGAGUGAGAACCCGUGCGACGGCCACGUAGCGCUGCCGUGCGGCCACUCAUUCCACUACCCGUGCAUUUCGUCGUGGCUGCAGAGCCACAGCACGUGCCCCGUGUGCCGCUUCCAGUUCCCCAAGGCCUUCACGGGCAAAUACGCCGUGCAGAAGCUCAAGUCGUCCAUGGUGCUGUCCGAGGAGCAAGGUAAAAUGCCGCGCGCUGAGCUGCUCGCGCUGGACAUCGGCAAGCAGAUCGUCCGUGCCGUAGUGAGUGUCACACUCGUCAGGGUCGCGGCUGAGGGAGACGACGAGGAAUUCCCUUGCGAACUCAGCGCAUGGAUGCUUGACCCCUCGACGGGAGAGACUUUCUCCGAGUUGGAUUGUAUAUGAUGCGCCGCGCACCACCAGCAGUUAGACAGAGGCAAACUAUCACAACAAACCUAGGAGCACGACGACGACAGCCACUGCUCGACACAUUCCCCCUCAGCGAAAGGAGGGACAACAUAGGUAUUUAUCAGAGGAAGGAAGCGAAGAUUGAACAAAUGAAACACACAAUUGUAACACACAUUGAACAGUUUUUGGAUUUGGAUCG